AGCGGCAAUUGCAGCGGCAGAGCAUCUUCUCUAGCUAGAGUAGCCUACCUUGCAAACAACAUCCGUAGCCAAGAACCUCUGAGCAUCCCCGGAAAAUAACGAUAAACCAGAUAAAUAACAUGGCCACCUCCUCCUCCCCUAAUCUGGAAGAAGACGAGAGUCUGAAGGGCUGUGAAGUGUUCGUGCAGAAGCACAACAUCCAGCAGAUCCUCAAAGAGUGCAUUGUCAACCUGUGCAUCGCCAAGCCUGAGCGUCCUAUGAAAUUCCUGCGGGAGCACUUUGAAAAGCUGGAGAAGGAAGAGUCCCAGCAGAUCCUGGCCCGCCAGAAGUCCAACUCUCAGUCGGACAGCCAUGAUGACGAGGUGUCUCCCCCUCUGCCCAACCCAGUGGUCAAGGCCCGCCGCCGGCGGGGAGGGGUCAGUGCUGAAGUCUACACUGAAGAGGACGCCGUCAGCUACGUCCGCAAGGUGAUUCCUAAGGACUACAAGACCAUGACUGCUCUGGCCAAGGCCAUCUCCAAGAACGUGCUGUUUGCUCACCUCGACGACAACGAAAGAAG